AUGGCGAAGAACUCAAAAGAUCGCGCCCAGAAGCCGAACGCCGCGGUAGCGGCGCCAGCAGCUGCGAGCAGCGAAACUGAGGAGGAAGUACCAGUGACGGAGCCACCGUUGGUCCCGGCAGUUGGAGGGACCACAGAUGUGCUGCCGGCUGUGGAACAGUCCAAGAGCGAGGAAGUCCGGAAGACGAUGGAAGAGCUGGCUGUGGCGAACAAGGCAAUGGGUAGUGCGCGAGCGGCGUCUAUGACCUGGGAUGAAUCGCGGCGGCGAUAUGGCGCCUAUGUCGACGAAGACUACCCGCCGCCAGAGAAGUCCGAUGCUGAGAAGCGAGCGGAAGAAAAGGCGGAAGCUAGAGCUAAGCUACGUGCUGAACGACGAAAUCAACCGGACAGUACUCCUGACAGCGAGGAAGAAGAAAAGGAAUACCAAGAAGAACAGCGUAAGCAAGCUGAGUGGCGGCGGAUCAACAAAGCCAAUCGUCCGGCCAAGGAGAAGCGCGUUGACCUUGCCAAAGUGGCGCGUGCGGCACAUGAUCGGAGAAUGCUGGACACCACACUACCAAGCAGUUCGGGAUGGGGACCUCUUACGAGUGGACCACCGACGCCAAGCAGCGGAGGAUGGGGGCCCAACUUCAACUCCAGUGGACCUUCAUUGGUGGUGACAGAUGUCCAACCCCCUCGGACCACAUGUAUGGACAGAACCUUCCUAGUCAGUUGGGUGAAGAAGCGGGAGACAUAUGAGUACAAGCUACGGGCGAAUGCGCAACCCAUGGGUGGCGAGUGGCGUCGGAGUGCAGUGGGGUGGAUCCCUUCCACUGACCGCAGCCUCCUGAAGGCUACAUGCUCCUAUGUUUGGCGAGUGCCUCUGGAACAACUCAGUGAGGACGACUACCGCGACCACAUCAUGGAAAUCGUCGGACAACCAGCGACCAAGUGGACAUCCACCAAGUCAGACAUGCAAAAUUACUGUCGGGCGCUGAGUGUCGACCCCCAUGGAGACGUGACCAGUCGCCUGGUAUCAUUUAUGGAGCGGGUUGAUGACGUCAUCGACGAGAACGGCUUACGUCAACAACUCAAAGAUCCAACCAUGCUGAGAACGUUCGUGAAAGUGGUAGCAGCGCGUGUCACACCCAGCUACCUACGUGACAGAGUCGAAGAGCAAAUGAAGACCGUGCCAGCGAACGAUCUGGUGGCCUUUGCGGAUAUCCUACGCGAACAGCUCGACCGAACGCAUGACGCGGACAUGGUCAAUCAACAAAGAAACAGUUAUGGUUCGAAGCGUGGCCGUGAAGAAGACGACCAAGGGCGCCGCAUUACAAAACAUGCGAAGAAGGCUAACCAAGCUGUUCGAGAUCAGCGGGAAUUACGUGGAAAUUACCCACGUCCACCAGGUGGAUACAUCAAGCCGGAACGAAGUGCGGCGGUGUGGUCCCCGUCGACGCAAAAGCGAACGGGGGACCCACCAGCCACGAAGUACGGACCGCAAGCGAACUCGCGCCCAAGACAUGAUGAUCGCCAUGUCCAAGCUGUGCGUGAUGAAGCACGCCCUCGAUACGCACCCGGCCGGGAUGACCGCGGCAUGCUGUGCUUUGUCUGUCAGCAGCCAGGACAUAUGGCCCGGGAAUGUCCCAAUAGAAAAGACGGGGAUAGAGACGAGACAAGAUGGAAGAAGGGCAAGAACGCUGUCAAGCGGUUCAAGGCGCGGGGACGCAAAGCGAAUAUGCAAGCGAAGCGAAUGAAGAAACCCCAACCACCCAGCAAGGAGGAUGAUGGACGCUGGGUGCGGCUGAACAGUGUGCUGGAAGUGCCAUACUGUCCGGAGGCCGGCGCAGACCAAAACAUUGUGCCCCAAGCCAUGGUGGAUGAACUUCAAGUGUUACAGCCACAACUUCAAGUCGUCAAGUUGGCUGCGCCAUUUGUGGGAACAGCAUGCAAUCAGAUGCCAUUCGAAGCGAGCUCUUACGUGGACCUUACCCUAACGAUGCAGACGGCCGCUGGACCAGUCAAGGUGCCAGGCAAGCGCCGCUGCUAUGUGGUCAACGACGGAGAUGAAUUCCUCGUCUCGGACGACACCCUCAAGACCAUUGGUAUCGACAUCGACCGCCUACUGGAACAGGUGGCGCGCCUGCAAGUGGAUGAAGACGACGAUGACCUGGAAGAAGUUGGUGGCGAUUACGUGGAAUUGCCCCAACGAUCGGCCGUCAGAGCCGCGACCAUGAAGGCGGCGCUACCUGCAGCCAAGAAUGAAGUCGAGGAAGCCCUGUAA